AUGCCAAAGAUCUCGCCGAUCAAGCAGCUGACGGACGCUCACGAUGAUGGCAUCUGGGCCGCCGCGUGGGCGCCGCCGACGGACGCGCGGCCGCAGGCGGUGCUGCUGACGGGAUCCGUGGACGAGUCGGUGCGCGUGUGGGCCGGCGACGAUCUCACGGCCGUGCGAUCCAACAGCGGCCACACGCUGGGAGUGGUGGCCAUAGCAGCGUGCCCCACCAGCGGCAGAGCAGCGGCGUCCGCCCUGGAUUGCAUGGUGAGGGUGUUUGACGUGGACUCCAACGCCACCAUCGCCACACUCGAAGCCCCGCCUGCUGAGACCUGGCACCUCGCCUUCCACCCCCAGGUGCGCCCUUCCACCCCCAGGUGCGCCCUUCCACCCCCAGGUGCGCCCUUCCACCCCCAGGUGCGCCCUUCCACCCCCAGGUGCGCCCUUCCACCCCCAGGUGCGCCCUUCCACCCCCAGGUGCGCCCUUCCACCCCCAGGUGCGCCCUUCCACCCCCAGGUGCGCCCUUCCACCCCCAGGUGCGCCCUUCCACCCCCAGGUGCGCCCUUCCUCCCCCAGGUGCGCCCUUCCACCCCCAGGUGCUCCCUUCCACCCCCAGGUGCGCCCUUCCACCCCCAGGUGCGCCCUUCCACCCCCAGGUGCGCCCUUCCACCCCCAGGUGCGCCCUUCCACCCCCAGGUGCGCCCUUCCACCCCCAGGUGCGCCCUUCCACCCCCAGGUGCGCCCUUCCACCCCCAGGUGCGCCCUUCCACCCCCAGGUGCGCCCUUCCACCCCCAGGUGCGCCCUUCCACCCCCAGGUGCGCCCUUCCACCCCCAGGUGCGCCCUUCCACCCCCAGGUGCGCCCUUCCACCCCCAGGUGCGCCCUUCCACCCCCAGGUGCGCCCUUCCACCCCCAGGUGCGCCCUUCCACCCCCAGGUGCGCCCUUCCACCCCCAGGUGCGCCCUUCCACCCCCAGGUGCGCCCUUCCACCCCCAGGUGCGCCCUUCCACCCCCAGGUGCGCCCUUCCACCCCCAGGUGCGCCCUUUCACCCCCAGGUGCGCCCUUCCACCCCCAGGUGCGUCCUUUCACCCCCAGCCCUGCCCUUUUCUCGUCCCUUCACUCGUCUGAUCCCUCCUCUGCUCUCGCCCCUCAAAUCCUCUCAUCCCUCCCCUCCUCCCAUCCCCUCCCCUUCUCAUCUCUUCCCUCCUCUCAUCCCUCCUCUCCCCCUUACAUCCCUCGCAGGGCAGUUUUCUCGCAGUGGCGGGCGGCAGCAGCCAGGCUGUCAAGCUAUGGAGCACUGCCACGUGGCAGGAGGCCACCACUCUCGACCUGCCAGCUGGACCCGCAGCCCCAGCCACCGCCGGCGGCAGUGGCAGCAGCAGCAGCAGCAGCAGCAACGACACUGGCCGGGCGAUUUGUCUUGUCUGUGGCGUGGAGCGUGGACGGCAAACGGCUGGCGUGUAGCAGCAUGGACGGCACUGUAGCGGUGUUUGACACGUCAGCAUCGCCCUUCCGGUUCCUGCAUUUCCUGGAAGGUCACCACCUGCCUGUUCGCUCCCUCGCCUUCUCACCCAUCGACCCGCGCAUUCUCGUCACUGCGAGUGACGACCGCCACACGCACGUGUAUGACGUGGAGGGCAGGCAGCUCAUAGCAGCGCUCUCAGGCCACACCAGCUGGGUGCUCUCUGCUGACUGUAGCCCUGAUGGUGCCACCAUCGCCACAGGCUCCAGUGAUCGCACGGUGAGGCUGUGGGACAUGCGGCAACGAGCAGCCCUGCAGGCAGCCAAGGAGCACAAGGAUCAGGUGUGGGGGGUGGCGUUCCGGCCCCCUGGGGGAGAAGGGGUGAGGGCGGGCCGGUUGGCAAGUGUAUCUGAUGAUAAGUCCAUCUCCUUGUACGACUAUUCGUGA